CUCCAAAAAUGUCCCUUUUACCCACCAAAACUCACAAAUCUCUCUUUCUACUCUUCCUUCUUACAUUCCUUCUUCUUCUUCUCCUCUGGUCUAGCUAGUCUCCUUCUUCUUGCUUUUGAUUUUUCUCCUCUUCUUUUUCCGGCAAGUAUUCUUCCGGGAAUUUAAUACUUUCUUUCUUUAUUUAGCUUCUCUUUUUCUUUUGAUCAUCUUCUUCUUCUCCUACUUGCUGUUGAAUUAGCUGUAAAUAAAAGCUACCUACCACUACCUGAAUAUCUUUCUUUUUUUUCCUUCUUUUCUUCUUCCCCACCAUUUUUUCUCCAACAAUAAUUCCAACUUCCAUCAUUUGUUGGUCCUCCUAUCUCUUUUUUUCUCUUUAAUCUUUCUAUACAACUCACAAUUGAUUCAAACUAAUCAAAGGGGGGUUUCUAAUAUUUGGUUUGGUUUGGUUUGAUUUGAUUGAUGGCUCCUCCUCCGACUGCGACUAAAGUUUCUGAGUUCAAUCAAAAAGACAAUCACUGGUAUUGUAAUGCUGGUUUGGCUAGUGAUAUUACUAUCGAAAUCGACAAUGUGUUCUUCCAUUUACACAAGUUUCCUCUUAUGUCACGAUGUGGGAAGAUUGCAAGCAUAUUAGAAGAGUUUCAGAAUUCUCAAGCAGAGCCAUUCAGCACAGAAUUGGUCGAAUUUCCUGGUGGAUCAGAUACAUUUUUAAUUGUGGCCAAAUUCUGUUACGGGGUUCGGGUGGAGUUGACACCAAAAAAUAUUGUGAAGGUGUAUUGUGCAGCAGAUUAUCUUGAAAUGACAGAGGAGUAUGGGGAAGAUAACUUAUUGGUAAAGUCAGAGAGUUACUUCCACAAAACAGUACUUCCUAACUGGAAGGAUUGUGUUUUGUCCCUUCAGAGUUCUGAACCUGUUACUCCAAGAGCUGAAAAGCUCCAAAUAGUGAGCAAAUGUUUGAGUGCUCUGUCCAUGAUGGCUUGUACUGACCCAAGUUUAUUUGGAUGGCCGAUGAUGAUGUAUGGCAGCUUACAGAGCCCUGGAGGAAGUAUCUUGUGGAAUGGAAUUAACACAGGGGCAAGGAUAAGAAGCUCGGAAUCUGACUGGUGGUUUGAAGAUAUCUCAUCCCUCAGUGUGCCUUUGUUUGAAAGACUUGUUCAAACAAUGAAAUCAAGGGGUAUGAGGCCUGAGCAUUUAGCACGUGCAAUAAUGUACUAUGCAAGAAAAUAUCUACCAGGUCUUGGCCGUUGGCAAAGUGGUGAAGUUGGUAAAACUAGAACUGUUUUUAGCAUGACACCUGCUGUCGUUGAUCAAAGGGUACUACUUGAAAGCAUUGAAAGACUGCUCCCAGAGAAGAAGGGAAAAUCUUUUUGCCGUUUCUUAUUAGGGCUUCUACGUGUUUCAAUGAUACUUGAAAUUAGUCCAGAAUGCCGGGAGUCUCUGGAGAAGAGAAUAGGAAUGCAACUAGACAUGGCAUCUCUAGAUAGUCUUCUGAUCCCUAAUUAUUCAGACGCUGACACCUUGUAUAAUACUGAUUGUGUAGAGAGGAUAGUUACGCAUUUUUUGUCAUCAGAGCGGAACAUAUCAUUGUUUUCCCCAUCAUCACUUGAUUUAGAAGCAUCACCAUCAUCUGAAUCUUUAAGGAAGGUUGCGAAGUUGAUUGACGACUACAUUUCAGAGAUUGCUUCGGAUGUGAACCUGAAAUCUGAAAAGUUAUGCUCUCUUGCGGAGGCCCUUCCAGAUUCUUCAAGAUCUUUGCACGACGGGCUAUACAGAGCUGUAGAUAUCUAUUUCAAGGCGCAUCCUUGGCUUUCAGAUAAUGAUAAGGAGAAAAUCUGCAACAUACUUGAUUAUCAAAAGCUUUCCAUUGAUGCGUGUACCCAUGCGUCUCAAAAUGAACGCUUACCUCUCAGGGUCGUUCUUCAAGUCCUCUUCUUCGAACAGUUGCAGUUAAGAUCAGCCCUGGCUGGUUGCUUAAAUACCUUUGACACUGAAAGUGUCCCAGCUGGUCAAACCACCGCUGCCACUGACAUGGCAGGCCAAAUAAUUCAGAGAGAUGGAUGGGUCACAGUUGUCCGUGAAAAUCAGGCCCUGAAAGUAAAUCUCGAGAGCAUGAAAUCAAGAGUAGGAGAACUUGAACAAGAAUUCGGUAAAAUAAAACAAGAAAUGCAAAAAGUUGUCAAAUCACAUAGCUCCCUCAGUUCUCCACGUUUGCUGGCUAGGAAAAUUGGAUGCAAGCUUCUACAACAGCCUUCUGAUCAACAGUCAGAUACAGUUGAAAGUGUCGUCCGAAGCCCCAGAGCUUCAGUUGAGUUAGCUCGUCAAUCCAGGCAUCGGAAAACCUCCUCUCUUCAAUGAGGUCAACUGUAGAAAAUAUCGAAUUUUUGAUUAAUUACACAGUAAAAGAUGCAAAAUCCGGGAAGAACUGAAAAUUCAUCGCCUCUCCAAACUGCGAGAAAGUAUAGAAUUUUACUUUCUUCCUGUUCUGAUAUAAUCUUUUCGUUUCGUGUCCUCAUUUUUUUUUUUUGUUUUCAAGUAUAGCAGCUCACAUUCUGAAUAUACAGCUAUACAGAAUACACCAUUUUCUCUUACAGAACUUGCAGCAUAUAUUUAUUGUAACACAUCACUAAUGUACAUGAAAGAUCAUAGUGAAUUGCAUCUGUUUUUGG